AUGGGUCCAUUCAAAUGGUUCCUCUUCGUCUACGUCCUCGGUGGUCUCACCUUCGUACCGCUCCUAGCCGUCCUCGCCCUCCUCUAUGCCUACUACACGCUCCCUCCGCCGGAAGUGAAGGCGGAGAAGCCGAAGUCCCCCGACGACCCAGCGCAGCUGCUCCGUCCCGAAGAUGACAAGAUUGCGUUCAAGACUGGCACCGAUGACCUGGCCGAGAAGUUCCAUCGCAAACACGACUCUGAUGUCGCGGCUGGCUACUUUGCCGUGUGCAGAGAAUAUGUGCCGGGCGGUGUUCCUGGCAAACCGCCGGACAAGCUGACACCGGCUGGUGAGGUCGCAGCCCAGGAGUCUCCGAGCGUCUACCAGAGCAUGUACCGCAGCAUCUUCGAUCGGUCACAGAAACCAACAAUAGAACCUACUAAAGAUGGGGCGGGGAAGAAUGUGAGGAAAACAAACAAUGUCUUUUAUGUGGUCUUGAGACACGGACAUCUCAUGCUUUACGACGAUAUACAGCAAUUGGAAGUCCGUUAUGUCAUCUCCCUCGACUACCAUGAUGUCGAUGUGUACGCGGGCGGAGAAGAAAUACCAGAAGGAGAACUCUGGAUCAAGCGAAAUGCCAUCCGAUUAAGGCGGAAAAAGAGCCAAAUAGGCGACAAAGCCACUUCGUUGCCCUUCUUUCUCUUCGGGCAGAGUCAGUCGGAUAAGGAGGACUUCUACGAUGCUAUCCUGAAGAACCAAGAGAAAAGCAGCUCCGAAGAACCACCCCCGCCACAACUGUUUGAUGUCGAGCAUAUUGUGUUGCUGGUGCAGAAACUGCACUCGUCCGAAGAGCACCUGCAGACAAGAUGGCUCAAUGCCAUGAUCGGCCGCGUGUUUCUCGCCAUGUACAAGACCCCUGAGCUGGAAGGCUUUAUCCGAGAAAAGCUGACCAAGAAGAUUUCGAGGGUGAGAAAGCCCACGUUUAUCACUAAGCUGGGCUUGCGGAAGAUUGACUUGGGCACGGGUGCGCCCUUCUUCACCAACCCGAGGUUGAAGGACUUGACUGUGAAUGGGGAUUGUACAGUCGAAGCCGAUGUCGAUUAUUCCGGAGGGCUCAGGAUUGAAAUCGCAGCCACCGCACGCAUCGAUCUGGGUACGCGCUUCAAGGCCCGAGAAGUCGAUAUGGUAUUGGCAGUCACGUGUAAAGCCCUUCAAGGCCAUCUCUUGGUGAGAUGCAAACCGCCUCCCAGCAAUAGAUUCUGGUUCACUUUCGAGAAGCUGCCCCAGCUAGAACUGGACAUCGAGCCCAUUGUCAGCACUCGACAAAUCACCUACACCUUCAUUCUCAGGGCGAUUGAAAGCAGAAUCCGCGAGGUGGUGGCGGAGAGUAUUGUCUAUCCCUUCUGGGACGACGUACCCUUCUUCGACACGAGGCAUCAGAAAUACCGCGGUGGCAUCUGGAAGACGGAGGCCGCAUCGACGACGACCACGGAGAUCCCCAAUGAGGAACCUGAGGAUGUCAUUGAGGCACCUAGUUCCGGAACAGACACCCCGGUGGAGCUCAAGAAGGAUGAGAGAGUCAUGAGUAUGCCAGUCCUGACCGAGACUAAUGGCGUGGGCAAGAUUAAUUCGGCGAAGAAAUCCAUGGCAUCCUUGAACGACCUUUUCGGGAAGAAGAAAUCGGAAACGGUGGACAAGCCUGACUCGUCGACACCCAGAUUAAUGCGGUCAACCUCAUUUGCGAGCGCCGCAGACCCCACCAUCACUACAAACCAUGCCGACGCCAACACGCCGACUCGAGGAGGAGAUCCAAACACAAAUAGAGAGAGCGUUGCCACGAUACUCAAAGACUUGUCCGCCCGGUCAGUCUCCGGAAAUGGGUCAGAAAUGGGCUCACCGGCACCAUCUCCUUCUGUAGAGUCGGCCAUGGCUGCAGCUUUGAAGGGCCGGUCAUCAAGCAACGCCUCGGGCGCCGUAUCGGAGGAAGACGACCAAGACGGUCUGAGCUCUUUUUCGUUGCCACGGACCCUGACAAGUACAAGCCGUGCUUCAACGCAGACUAUCGACUCGACGGAUCAAAAGGAUAGUACGCCAGCCUCGGCACAGGAGGGAAACAAGCCUUCAAAAGGCUUCUCGCUCGGUGCCAGGUCGUUGACCGCUGCGGACAGGAAACAAGCAUUAGCAUCAGUCAAUGCCGCAGCUGCAGCUGCGCAGAAAUGGGGCUGGGGCGUGCUCGCAAGGAAUCGACAGCGGGAAGCUCAAGCGGCGGCAACAAAGGGAGAUGUGGGUGAACCAUCAGGGAGCCCUCCUACCCCUCGAGAGCCGAUGGGGCGUGGAAGACCACUACCGCCUCCUGGCAUUCCACUGCCUCCCCCCGAGAGACUUCGACCGAAUUCAUUCCUGGCACCAAAGCGUAAAGCGGUGCCACCUCCAAUGCUACCAAAGCGCCCCGAGACGGGUGGAUCCCACGAGUCUAUAUCUGCCAAAUCAUCACCGAAGCCACCGCUUCCAGAAAGACGCAAGAGAACAAGCUCUGCGCAGCCUGAAGAUGGUGCCGAGGACGAAGUAUUUGUGGUUGAAGCCCCAACGGAAUCGGCUCCAACGAGUCCAGUUAACGAUGAACACCAUGACGGCUUUUUUGGUCAUGGCGAGCCCACCGUGACGACAAAGGAGCAAGUGGACCCCUCACCACUCCCGAGUAACGGUAGCGAGGGUGACGAGCCGGUGGCAGCGGCAAUCAAGGAGCAUCUCAAUCCGGAGUCAUCAGAUCCAGGGAGUGACAGCGAGGCACCAGAAGUAGUGCAGGGGCGGAUACGCCCCCCGUUACCUUCCCGUGGCAGUGCAACUCCCGAACAUCUUCCGCAGGAUGAGAAUGAGAUGCAUAGGCAAGAGAUGGGCAUGUAUACAUAA